CUGCAGCCAUGGUGCGUUAUGGUCCUUGCGUCCACGGCUUUUACCAACUUUGUAGCUGUGCUUCUGUGGUGGCUCGCUCGUCCACACAGAUUGCGGGACCGCUGUAUGGUUGUCUGGUUCUUACUCUGGAAUUUCAUUGCCAUGGGUCUCAUGGCUGCCAUGGUUCAGAAAGGCGUGGGUUUGCAUGUUGGCACUGAGGUACUCCCCGAUGAGCUCGUCAAGAUUGAAAAACUCCAACUAGGGGCUGAGAUCCUCUAUAUUUUUACUCUUGUCUGGACUAAGAUGAGCUUCUUGCUUUUACUCCACAACAUCUUUAGUGGAGAUGCAAAUUUUAGGCUCGGGCUGUGUACCAUUGGAGUCUUGAUUAUUGCUUGGCCUGUCUGUAUGGCAUGGUUGUGUGUCCUCCGUUGCAUCCCGACGCAAAAGAUUUGGCACCCUAGCCUCCCAGGGCAUUGUAUCAAUAGAAUGAGCAUUUGGAUUGCGAAUGCUAUAGUAAAAGGCAUUAGCGACUUCGCUAUACUGAUACUACCUUUGCCAUUCCUCUGGGGGUUGAGGAUGGAGGUGUCUAGAAAAGUCUUCAUUACUGGUGUAUUUGGAUUCGGCCUUCUGGGUAUCGCUGUUUCUGCCUAUCAAUUCAAGACGCUCAUCCAAUAUUCUACUGACGAUCGCUCCUACACUCUCGCUCGCAUUGUCGGGUGGAGUGCGAUCGAGAUGUCCAUCUGGAUCAUCUCAGCUUGCUUACCAACAUUAAGG